AUGUUUUCAAGCCCAACACAGACACAGGGCUCAAGCGCCAUAGCCGCCAACGCCCUCCGCAGCGCAGGCCUCAUGGAUCGCGACGCACGAAUGCGCGAUGUUUCCGACAAACCGGGCGGUCGAAAGGGAGUAACAAAGUCUUCCCACGCCAACCGCACUCCUCACCGUCCUCGCGCAAUCGACGCCGUGAUUGGCAAGGACCAGGCGAGCACCUCAAUGAACGCACGGGCUGCUAUGCUUGCUGCUCGAAUAGCCGCAGGGGAUUCGAUAGCGAUUCGCGGUGCGGCGAAGGGAACGCUGGGCCGUCUGCGCAGGAACGCGAUGAGCACACCCGACGGCAAGGGCUCCAAGACGAUAGAGCUGUGGGAAGAGUUCGUCAAACUACGAUGGAACGCAGAGGCGAAAUUUCUGAAUCUAGAACGAAUUGGGGAAGACGAAUUGAUCAGAUACCACCGUCUGUGGUCGGCAAAUUCGACGACGACUUCGUACAAGGUGACCGCGGUGGUGUUCAAACUUGCCGCACGUCUCUUCCCAGAUGUGGAGACGAUCUCGCUCGCGUACAAUGAACUGAAGACGGGAUAUGCGAUCUCUUCUCUCUCCCACUAUUUGCCGAAGCUCGCGAAUUUGUCGCUGCAGGGCAAUGAAUUGACCUCGUGGAAGGACCUGGACUAUAUUUCGGGGCGGAAGGGAAAGUUGGAGAACCUGCGAGAGCUGAUACUGCUGGGGAACCCGGUGCGAGAGCUGGAGUACCAGAACAAUAGGGGCGAUCGCUACAGAAGCGAGGUGGCGCGGCGGUUCCCUUCGCUAGAAGUACUCGAUCAGGAAGCAGUGACGAAGAUCGCAUUCGAUGUGCCCCACGCAUCGACGUCGGCGGCAGCGUCAGUGCCACACAUAACGGCGACGACGUUCCCGUGCGAGAUGGUCCCGUCAUUCAUCACAGGAGUCGACAGCGCGCUCGUCAGCAAUUUUCUCAUGCGCUACUUUCCUCUGUUCGACCGCCAACGCGCGGGUUUACUCGACGUUUAUCAUCCGGAAGCGACAUUCUCCUUUUCCGCGAAUACAGGGAUUCCACCGCGUGCGCGGAUAGAGGGUCUCCAUCACUCGAUGCCAAACCAGCGAAAACUGGAGUGGCCCGGGUGGCUUAUUGGCGGGCGCGGUGGCUCGCGGAAUCUUUCACGGAUUUGGGGCAGCGUUGAUAAGAUGACGAAGACGCUCCAUGUGGGCAACGAAGAAAUUAUUAAGACCAUAGCGGACCUUCCCACUACAAAGCACGACCUUGUCGGUGCACCGGACAAGUUCUGCAUCGAUGCAUGGCCCGUUCCUCACGGCGAUUCGAUCCAUCUGUUUGUGAGUCUACACGGACAAUUUGUGGAAGAACCUGCGGCAGGUGUCCGUUCGUUUGACCGCUCAUUCAUACUGGCUCCUGCACCGGAAGGUUCAAGAGCGAAGCAGAAUGGUUGGGAUGUCGUUAUCCUUUCCGACCAACUCAACGUGCGCGCAUAUUCGAGCCCAGAGGCCUGGCGGCCAGGGCCGAUGCGGGUACAAGCGGGCGAUCCUCUCCCUGGACUGAUACCUGAAGCGCAGGCUCAGCUACAACAGAUCCCGGAGCCGCAGAGAUCACUUGUAACACAGAUCUGUCAGCAGACAGGUUUGAAUGUUCGAUUUGCAGUCGAUUGUCUCGAGGGGAAUGGAUGGGACAUUCCUCGCGCCGUAGCGAAUUUUGAGCAAGUCAAGGGCACUCUCACGCGAGAUGCUUUCCUAUGA